AGAAACAUAUUUUUUUCAUGCAGGUGAUGGUUCUGUUUUCGGGUCUUUAUCAAACCAUGGAAAGGAAGUCCAAACGUUUUAUGAGAAAGCAUACAAUAUUCAACCCAAUGAUACGCUAUGUUUUGAUUGCAUGAAGCCUUCCGAAGAAUACCUCAAGCAUUAUCUUAAAGCCAAAUCGGCAUUGAAAUUACAUUCUUUGAAGACCAUAUGUAAUUUUUGCUCCGUAAUUACUAACGACUUCACAGACUUUGCCGAUAUGUAUCGAAGCGAUUUGCGACUGAUGAACUUCAUUCAAGAUCUAUAUAUUCGUAGCGCUCUCAUGGAAAGUUCUCCCGAAAAAGGUGAUAAAUGUGGAUCCAUCGUUUGCAAUGAAUGUUAUACCACCAUGAAACGUUUUCACAUCCAUUGGAAAAAAUAUUCGAAAUCGCCUGAAGCGCUAGCUCGACGGAAUGAAACAGCAGGUCCCUCAAACGCUACAAAUUCGACCAACAAGUCAUCAAGUCCGGGACAAUCAUCAGAUUUUUGGGGGGAUACGAAUGAAUUUCCAUCAGCUCCAUCGUCGGUUUAUACACCGCAAAACGAACCAUCAGAUGGAUCAAACAGAGAAGAAUCAAGCUCACCUGUUUCGGCAUCGAACAUCGAAGUAAUUGCUGUUGGCUCUAGCCCAGAAAGCCAGUCUGAUAAAGCAUUGAACACCGAAGUUAUUGAUAUAACCAGCAGUAGUCCAGAUAACAAGUCUAAUUCGGCAUCAAACAGCUCAGUUGGUGUUGAAGAAUAGUGCAGUUUGGAACGUUCAUCGUAUUCAACAUCACAGUCAGAAGCCGAAUAAAUAAUCGUCCAUUCCAUUCAUCAUCAUUCCAUGAUCAUCACAUUCUACCGGCUGUAAAACCAAAUGACACUGGUAACUGUUGCACCGUUUGAUGAGAAUGGCUAAAUUCGCGUAAAAAAGUACAAGUCAAUUACAUUGCAUUGUUUUCUUUAGAUUGACCACUGUGUCAUUUCAUCUUUUCAACCGAUUUGUACUAAGGAAUAGAAAUAAAUAUCAAGAAAUUUUGAAAUAAUGAGCUUUUGUAUGACUGUGGAAUGACAGAAAACCCCAAAAAUAAAACCAA